GAGCUCCGCAACAAAAUAUGGCAAUUAGCUUUCGAAGGACGAACCGUCACUCUACACGUUCACAGCUUCAAUCAAUCUUGCUACCGUCGCUCCUCUAUCCCAAGAGGAAUCGAGAUUACCCUCGAUUUUGUGCAAGCAAACAUGCCAAAAACUCUACGGACGAAUCAAGAAAGUCGGAAGGAGACUCUUUUCCGAUAUAAAGAUCUAAUCCAGAAUCCGGCACUAUUCCGCGAUCCCUUGUACUUCAAUCCGGAUCUCGAUACCAUGGCAUUGGAAGUAUACUAUCCAACACGACCAGGGAAAGAUCGAAGUUGGGUCCGUCAGAGAGGUGCUCGCAAUCACCAAAAGAUAUCUCUCGAUCUGAAGGACUUAGCAGAGCGCGCACCGAGCAUUUUAACAAUAGUAAAAUCUCUGUAUCUUCCUAUGAUUAUGCUCGAAGAGUUACCUGCAGCCACUGAAAAAGCCAUUUUCCCCACAUGCUGGAACGGCGUGGUACAAUUCCAUGCAUUAGAAUCAGUUUCAAUCACGGAAAUAGAAAGCGAUUUCCAAUACGGUAUACCAGUAGCUUACGAGAGAAGCGCUGCCAGACUCUUUCAGUCUUCCUUUGAGAGAGAAAAGAACCGAUUCCCUGAUUGCCACAUACCGAGAUUAGACAUGUUCCCUCAGGAUGAUAAUAACGAGAAAGAGAUUGGUUCAAAUGAUUACUUUCAGUUUUCAAGAGAUGCUCGCUUCGAAGACGAUGUGGUUGGAGGAUCAUGGAUUCUCUAGUUUCAGGAACCAGAAAAAUAUUUUGAGGUCAAUAAUAGCAAGGAACGACAUGAUGGUGGAUUUGUUCGAGAAAGCAUUCAAGAUAUUGAUGCGAUCAGAAAGAGAUGGGAUCGCAUUGGCAAAAUAUUUGGGGAAGUGAAUGAUGGAGUCACCGUGGCGAGUAAGUUCAAUAAAUCGAGAUGGUCAACCGAGGAUUAGGAGGAAUUGGAGUUUGUUCUAGGGAAUCGGGGGGUUUUUUUUGGGUAUGAAUUCGAUGUCCAGAUGCUCCAUGUGUUGAAAGAAGGGGGGUUUUUUAAUAGAGCAGAUGAUUUAUACCA